AUGGGGGUCACGCGAACGAAGAAGAGCACGUCGUUGAAACGGAAACGGAAAGAUCCCCCUGGGGACGACAACGACGACGGAAGAAGAACAAAGAGUGAAAACGUCUCCAUCGGCAAGCUCACCAGUCAAAUAAAAAACAAGCAAAGACGCUCGGAAGUCUACGGGAAGCUCUUACACGAACAAAGCGUAGAGAAGAAAAAACGACGUCAACUGAGACAAAAAGAAGAACUGAGAGCGUUGGAAAACGGGGAGACGCCGGCACCGAGACAAGUCCCGAAAACGAUAGAAAACCAACGCGUGAUAGAUGAGACGCACAUCGUGAGAGAAGACGAGGAGGAGAUUCACAACGAAGAUAAAGAGGACGAGUUUGCGUCGUAUUUUUCGUUCAACUCGAGCCCGAAGAUUAUAAUAACGACGAGUAGGAAACCGAGCGGCGCGAUGUUUAAGUUUUUGGAGAAUCUAUUUACGGUAGUCCCGAACGCGUAUUAUUACGCGAGAAGAAACUACCACGUUAAAGAGAUGGUGAAGCACGCCACCGCGAGAGGAUUCACGGAUUUGCUCAUUUUCAAUGAGAAUAAAACGUUUAGUAAAGGUGCGCGAGUGAACGGGUUGUUACACGUGCACUUGCCGGAAGGACCGAGCGUGAUGUAUAAACUGACGAAUUUAAUUUUGAGUAAAAAGAUUCGAAAUCACGGCCGAGCGACGUCGCAUUACCCAGAGUUGUUGUUGAAUAACUUUAGCACUCGAUUAGGUCACCGAAUUGGACGAAUGUUUGCGAGUUUGUUCCCUCAGAAACCAGAGUUUAAAGGAAGACGCGUGGUGACGUUUCACAACCAACGAGAUUUCAUUUUUUUUCGACACCAUCGAUACGUGUUCGAGGAGAAGAAAGGGGUGAGAAGAAGACACGGCGGGCACUUAUCCACCGCCGAGGUAGACGAAGAGUCCUUUUCCAAGAAUAGAAUAAAGAAGAGUAGUAAGAGGAAGAGUAAACCGAGCUUAGCGCUUCCGUCUGGAGAAGACGAAGAGGACGGGGAUGAAGAGGACGUGCAGUUUAGCGGCGACGAAGAUUCCGAUUCGGACUCGGACGAGUUCAAAGCUGGGAGUAGUAGCGACGAAGAUUCCGAUGACGACGACGACAGUAGUAGUAGCGGUAGCAGCAGCGAUGAUGAUGAUGAUGAUGAUGAUGAUGAUGAUGAUUCAGACGACGAUAGCGGGGAAGAUGAAGACGGUAAAAAAAAGGAGAAGAAACCGUUCGAGCGAAAGAAAAAAUUGACCAAGGCUCAGAAAAAAAAAAUCGCGGACGAGAACGACGAUCGACCAACCUCUGUCAUCGCCAGGUUGCAAGAAUUAGGGCCUCGAUUCACGUUGAAGCUAAUGAGCGUACAAAAAGGAACGUUCGAUUCAAAACACGGCGAGUUUGAGUACGUGCGCAGCACGGAAACGGACGGGACAAGAAAAAACAGACGAAAGUUUGUUCUUUAA